AUGUCAAACCAAGAGAUCAGACCAAGUGAAAUUUUAGUAGAAAAAACAAACGAAGUUGUGGAUAAUUCGUCAAAAACAACAGAUGUUAAUUUGGAAGAGAGUUCUGAAAUAACGAUCCCGAAUUAUGUCAUUUUCUUAAGGGAAUUGUUUGUGGGAAUGAUUGGAGUACAGGCAGUAUAUAUUUUUGUAAAUUUCAUAUUUAAGAACUAUCCUGGGUCAUUACUAUCCCUUUUGCUUUCAAUUUCUGCAAUUUACACUCAUUUUGAUAGAAGAGUUGCAACUUAUUCAUUAAAUACAGGUGUAGAACUAUUAUUGGGAAUUGCAAUAGGAUUCUCAGUGUACUUGCCAGUUCAAGGCUUUGAAAAAUAUUCUAGUGAUCCAGAUUUAAAGGUAAGAUAA